CUUUCAGGGAGAGUAACCAUGUCUGAACCUAAUCUACAAAACAUCCCUAAAGAUUUUGAAAUUGAAAUGCCGACUAUUAUUGGAGAAAGUCCAACACAAGAAGACAAUGAAAUAGCAAAUAUGAUUUACAGUGGAAGAGAUAAUAUUGGAAGAAAGACUAGAUCUAGAUCUAAAUUCAUGAUACCAAAACAAACGGCAAGAUCCACAUCUACUACUGGUAGUAUGUUUUCUGUUAGUAUGAGACAUGCUUUCAUACCAUUCCCUGGUGGUGUCAUGUUAGCAGCUGACUAUUCACAGUUAGAGUUACGUAUAAUAGCACAUCUAUGCAAAGAUAAGAAACUUGUAAGAGUGCUCAAUAGUGGUGGUGACGUGUUUAAAAUGAUAGCGGCAGAAUGGCAGGGACUGUCUCCAGAUGAAGUCAGUGUGAACCAAAGACAACAAGCUAAACAGGUAUGCUAUGGUAUGAUAUACGGCAUUGGAACUAAAGCUUUAGGUGAACAAUUGAAAAUCUCUGAUGAUGAUGCUGGAUGCUUCAUUGAAAGUUUCAAGUCUAAAUAUACAGGUCUGAAGACUUACAUGAAAGAGACAAUAGCAUUUUGUAAAAAACAUGGUUAUGUACAAACUAUAAAAGGUAGAAAACGUUUCCUACCUGCUAUCCAUGAUACCAUUAUACAUGCUAGAAGUCAAGCCGAGAGACAAGCAGUAAACACCACUGUGCAAGGGUCAGCAGCUGAUCUAGUUAAAAUAGCUAUGAUAAAUAUUGAUAAGAGACUAGCUGAAGUGUUUCCUGACACCAAAAGACCACAUAGAAUGGAAAAUCAAACAAAGACUG